UCCGCGGAUUUGUGAUUUGCUUGACUUUGAAAAGCUGGCAUUUAAUAAUAGUUUCUUAAUGAGAAAGUAACGAGCCAUCCUUCGUUGAACUGAGGAGAGAAAGGUUACAAGAACUGUAUUUUUUUCACCCUGCAACGCUCAAUUCCACACACACAAGUAACACAGCCAAACCCAAUGGAUCUCCGUGACUCGAUCGGGAACCAAACCGACGUAGCAUUGAGUCUCUCCAAGCAAAUUCUCUUAACCGAAUCCAACAACUCCAACUUGGUGUUCUCGCCGCUGUCAAUUGAGGUGCUGCUCAGUCUCAUCGCCUCCGGGUCCAAGGGCAGCACACUUGAGCAGUUGCUCUCCUUCCUCAAGUCCAAGUCCAGCGAUCACCUCAGCUCCUUCUCCUCUCAGUUAUUGGCGGUUGUUCUCACCGACGGGAGCGCCAGUGGUGGGCCACAAUUGAAGUUCGCCAAUGGCGUUUGGGUGGAUAACUCACUCUCUCUUAAGCCUUCUUUCAAACAGGUUGUGGGCAGCACCUAUAAGGCUGCGACUAAUCAAGUUGAUUUCCAAACCAAGGCUGUUGAAGUGACCAAUGAAGUUAACACUUGGGCUGAAAAUGAGACCAAUGGCCUUAUCAAAGAGGUUCUGCCUUCUGGGUCUGUUGACAGAACGACAAGGCUCAUCUUAACAAAUGCACUCUAUUUCAAAGGAGCUUGGAAUGAGAAGUUUGAUGCAUCAACCACUAAAGAUGAUGAUUUCUACCUGUUGAACGGGGGCUCGGUUCGUGUGCCGUUUAUGACUAGCAAGAAGAAGCAAUUUGUAUGUGACUUUGAUGGUUUUAAAGUCUUAGCUCUUCCUUAUAAACAAGGUGAAGAUAAACGCAAGUUCUCUAUGUACUUCUACCUUCCAGAUGCUAAAGAUGGGCUGCAAGCUUUGGUUGAGAAAAUGGUUUCUGAAUCUGGAUUCUUAGAUCGCCACCUUCCACCAAAACAAGUAAAAGUGGAUGACUUUAGGAUUCCAAGGUUCAAGAUUUCCUUUGGGUUUGAAGCUUCCAACGCUCUAAAGGGACUAGGAUUGGUGUCGCCUUUCUCCAAUGAAGCAGACUUGACUGAGAUGGUAGACUCUUCUGCAGGGCAGGGCCUGUGUGUUUCAAGCAUAUUCCAUAAAUCAUUUAUUGAAGUGAAUGAAGAAGGCACAGAAGCUGCAGCUGCUUCUGCUGGUGUUAUAGCAUUGAGAGGUAUUGACAUUCCCACAAAGAUAGACUUUGUUGCUGACCACCCAUUCCUUUUCCUCAUCAGAGAAGACAUGACUGGAGUGGUAAUGUUCGUAGGCCACGUCCUCGACCCCUCACAGGCCAAUUAAUCUUCCAUACUGGAGAACUCGUGUGUAUGUGGAUCAAAGCCUAACAAAUAUAACUUUAAUUUACUUGUGGCUGGUUAUUGUAAUGUGUUUGGCCUUUCCUGUGGUGGUUUGAUGCAGGAUUGUGUCCUCUACUGUUUUGCUUUGAAGGGGGUCUUUUUCUCAAUAAUAGAUUGUAUGGAUAUGGCAGAUUAAUAUGUUAUGUUUGGAUUCA